AUGUUCUCAAUCGAACCAAGUGUGCCAAACGUCCCAAAGCAGUCUUCUGAUCAAGAACCGGAUGAUGAUUUCUUUUUCUCCGAUGAUCCCGCUGUUGAAGCGCUUCUCCAAGAAAUCGAUUUCUCUCCUCAAACCGAUCACGGAACCCCUCAUUCCCCUGGAAACUCAUCGCCAUCACCAUCGACCAAGGUCGCCCCACUUAAACGACCAUGUCUGUCUUCUGAUCAACAGAUGCCAGAUGUUCCCCAAAAGCAACCGAUGUUUAGUUCUGCAAGCACUCUCGGUCAGCGCAAUUUUGCUAAAACUGUGCAAUUAUCGACUACUGCUUCUCAAAAACAAAUGGUAUCUCAACAGCCGUCUCAAUCUACUCCAAGGACACUGCCCAUGGGUUCUACCUCAUUGGUGCAAAAGAAUAUUAGAAGUCUAAUGCAGCCGCCGUCGACGACGAGUUCACAGGCGGAUAUUCGACGAUAUCUUGGCAGUGGGGGUCCACAGCAGCAUCCAAUCCCGGGUAGAUCAACUGCUUCUGGAGAAGGGGCUCAAAAUCCCACUCCUGCAUUCGCAUAUUUGCAGGACAUCUAUCACAGCAUGCAACAACGUCGAAACACACGCGGAGGAGAAAUCGCUUCAAUCCGUGGAAUGUUAGUGAGUGUCCAAUCACGACUGGAGCAUCACGAGGGCACUCACUGGAGUCUUACAGUUCGUCUCUCUGAUGGCACAGCGACUGUCGACGCAGAUGUUGAGGACGACCUUCUUCGUCGCCUCAUUGGUCUGUCUGCUGUGGAGGCUGAAGCUAUGAGGAAACUGGGGCGACAGGGGGAUGAGGUGGGGUCAUUUUACCAUGAUAUAAUUAAUCGCAAAGCUAUCACUAAUCUUCACGUGUGA